AUGUCUGGAUGCGACGGUGCCAAUGAUUCUGUAAAAGAAAAUACCGGAAGAUCGUCUUCUGUAUAUUUGUUUGAUGGUGCCAAUGAUUCUGUAAAAGAUAUUAGAUCGUCUUCUGUAUCUUUGUUUGAUAGUGCCAAUGAUUCUGUAAAAAACAAAAGACCACCUUCUGUAUCUUUGUUUGAUAGUGUCAACGAUUCUGUAAAAGAUAAUAGAUCGUCUUCUGUAUCUUUGUUUGAUUGUGCCAAUGAUUCUGUAAAAGACAAUACUGGUAGAUCGUCUUCUGAUUUGUACGAUUCAACUGAUACUAUCACUAAUGAUCAUCAUACACCUGAGCUCAAUGGUGGUCCAUCAAAGAGAUUGCAUAAAACUCCAGAGGUUCUUUACAUGCCAAAUAGUUAUGGAGAUUCCAAAGAUUUCGACAUUUCCGAUCCUAAAGAUCCCGAAUGGGCACCACAGAGGAAAGAACCUUGGGUAAUUCCUAGUGCAGACCCAUCAGACAAUCAUGGUAUUGUAGAGCUAGCAUGUCAUGAACAUGCGUCGGAUCUAGAUUUUAGUGGUGUUGAAAUUGACAAUCCUGAAGCUGAUGGUAAACAAUCUUAA